UUAUUCUGGAACCCAGCGCCAUUUCUCUGCACUCUGGGUGGGGCUGCUUUCCUCACCGCUAAGCCACUAAGGCUCUGCUUGAGAGCGAUCAGAGCAAUGGAGGCGACUUCUCUGAGUUCAGAACCUCUGGACCCCGUGGGGCGCCUAGAAGCCUUCUGUCACAGAGGAGUCCUGCUGGCCGUCCUGCUGCUGUUCUUGCUGCCAGUUACUUUGGGUGAGCUACGGGGGCACGGAUGCACAGUUCACCUGAGACCCGCGGUAAACAGGCUCAGCACAGACAAACGCCGGUCUGGGGUCCCUGUGGGUGCCCAGCGCCCCUUUCCCAUGAGUCAAUGCCCUGUCCCAUCACAGAUUCAUUUUGCCAGACUUUUAAACCAAACUGAUGAAUCCAUGUUUCCCAUUGGAACAUCUUUGAGGUAUGAAUGUCGGCCAGGAUAUAUCAGGAGGCCGUUCUCCAUCACCUGCCAACAAAACUCAACCUGGACAAGUGCUGAAGACAAGUGUAUACGUGAACAGUGUACAACUCCUGUAGAUCCUCUGAACGGCCUGGUACAUAUACACAACGACACCCAUUUUGGAUCCCAUAUUAAUUAUUCUUGUAAUAAAGGAUACCGCCUCAAUGGUUCCUCCUCUGCUGUGUGCAUCAUCUCUGAUCAAAGUGUCGACUGGGAUGCUGAGGCACCUGUUUGUGACCGGAUUCCUUGUGAGAUACCCCCAGGCAUUCCCAAUGGAUUCUUCAGUCCUAACGAAGAAGAUUUUCAGUAUGGAAUGGUGGUUCACUAUCACUGCAACACUGAUGCGAGAGGGAAGCCGCUCUUUAACCUGGUGGGUGAGCGCUCCUUACACUGUACCAGCAAUGAUGAUCAAACUGGAGUCUGGAGUGGCCCUCCUCCUCAGUGCAUUGAACUCAACAAAUGUACUCCUCCCCGUGUUGAAAAUGCAGUCAUAGUGACUGAAAACAGAAGCUUGUUUUCCUUAAGGGAUAUUGUGGAGUUUAGAUGUCAACCUGGCUUUAUCAUGAAAGGAGCCAGCAGUGUGAGUUGUCAACUUCGAAACGAAUGGAAGCCAGAGUUACCAAGCUGUUUCGAGGUGAAACCCUGUGGUGCUUUCCUGGACCAGCUUCCUAAUGGGCGUGUACUGUUUCCACUAAAUCUUCAACUUGGGGCCAAAGUGUCCUUUGUUUGUAAUAAAGGGUAUCAAUUAAAAGGCAGUUCUUCUAGUCAUUGUGUUCUUGAUGGAGUGGAAAGCAUUUGGAAUAACAGUGUUCCUGUGUGUGAACAAGUGAUAUGUAGACUCCCUCAGGAUAUGAGUGGAUUCCAGAAGGGUUUGGAAAUGAAGAAAGAAUAUUACUAUGGAGAUAAUGUAACUUUGGAAUGUGAGGCUGGGUACACUCUGGAAGGCAGUUCUCAGAGCCAGUGCCAGGCCGAUGUCAGCUGGGAUCCUCCUCUGGCCAAAUGUGUACCUCCUAAGUGAAAACUGUAGGAGCAGAGCCCCUCCUCAGCAUGGUCACUGACUGCCUAGUCAUCUGUCUAUUCUGGUGCUCACUAUGAUACUUGUGAUGAUAUGUAGUGACGAGGGAGCUAAGAAUGUACUGCUGUCUCAAAAUUUGACAAAUUGGAAUCUUGAAGUGUGACCACAGGAGUCUUUUCGAAGAAUUUCUGAGGGAUUUUCUUCGCAUAUGAAGACAAGAAAAUAACCUUAAUCACCAGAGACCAAGAAAUGGGGCUGUGAUAAAACAAGUAAAUUAGUUCAUUGUAGUAAGCAUUUUCUUUACCAAGUUUUACUUUCCUACUCAUACAUCUCUUAAUAAUAGUCUUAGAAUUUAUCCAGGUACAGUGACCAUUUUUCUUGUCAUUCCUUCACAACUUUAUCAUCUUUGUCUACAAAGUAUAAAAGCAUGUUGCUUAGGUCAUUUAUUUGUGAUGGGCUAAGUUUACAAGCAGGUUUAAUAAAAGUUGAAUGUUUGUGUUCUUUA